GUGUCUUGCGUAAUAAGUUUGCUAUAUUCUGAUGAGGAGUACUCAUGAAGGCACUUUUUUUUAGAUAUUUUCUUUUCGGUGUGAAUGGAAAGCAUUUAUCUUUGCCAUUGUAAACGAUGUUUUCGAAGAAAGGAACAACUACGGUAUUUACGAAGCCAUUGCGACCUGGGCUUGUAGGAAAACGCUUUAUAAUGAUGAGAGAAGAGGAUAUUCAUGUUAAGGACAGUCAAAAAUAUCGAUGGAAGCAAGGUUGUAUUCGUGCUUGCUCUGCGAAGGAUAUAUAUGACCCUGAAUUACAGGUGCUAAUUGAAUAUGAUGGAAUCAGUUGGGAAUACAGGCAAUGGAUCAAGAUUUAUGAACAAACCAAAGCUUUUUAUGUUGAAAGCAACAUUGUUUGGGCUCCAAGAAUUCUUCCUGGCAAUGAUCCACAGAAUAUUAAAUGGUGGCCUGCCUUGGCAUUUGUUUCCUUGAUUGACUUCAUUACUGCUGAUGUAGAAUGUAAAAUACCUAUUGAGUAUUUUGGGGACAAGCUAUUAGUUUUCUUACAUGAAAAGAAAAUUGGAUUGUUUAAGGAAGACGAAGAGUGUUCACGAAAAGUGUCUGGCCUUUAUCCAAAUGUUCAAGAUGACAUUAAACAAUGGAAGAUGUUGCAAAAAACUCAAUCUUGCCUUAUGAAGGGAGCUGAAACAUUGACUGGUGUACGAGUUAUUGUUUAUAGAUUGGAGCUUCGUCAGUGGUACACUGGAUGUAUUACUGCUCAUAAUCUUAGUACUGGCGAGCUUCAUGUUAUGGAUGAUAAUGUUCUUCAAACGCACCCUGUGGAUCCUGCUUUGGUUCAAAUUAAGCUCAUGGCUAGUGAGGAAGAACUGAAUCGUUUGCUUGUUGGUGAACAAUCAAAAUCAAGAAGACACAGACAUUUACCUUCACAUUUAUUAUCAAACUCCAAUGAACAGAAGUCUCAGGGAAAGUGUGUGUCUGUAAAAAAGUCACAGUUUGAAGAGAAUGGUAUUGAUAAAAAAAUAACAAAAAAUCCAAGGCAUCAAAGCUCUUCCAAUGACAAAUCUUUGAUUUCAAGAAAGGAAAAUGGUGCAUCAGAAACAAACACAGUAAAAGUUCACAAACUCAUACCAAUAACUACAACAUCUUCCAACAAUAUCAAUUACCCUCCUUACUCAACACAAUCCCCCAAGAUCAUCGCCUCUCCUUAUCUGGCUUGUCGUAGGAAUAAUAAUUCACCCAACAUGACACUGUCAAUCCACACCAAUACACCACCCCCACGAAAUAAAAUGUCAUCACGUACUGCUAGCUACCAGUCUCCUAUUGCUUCUAUGCCAUUGAGUGGACAAUCUGUUUGGGCAGCGGUUGGGCACGAAUCAAGGGAAAACAAUCAUGAAGUGGGUUCAUCUGAAUAUUGGCAUGGAGAAGGUGUUUUCUCAUUGUCUGGUGUAUCGAUGUCAUCGCCCGAGACAUUGCUGUCUCAAAAGAUCAAUGUCGAAAGCAAUGCAAAUGUUUGUCAAGCAACCACUGAUAAUAAGACCAUACAAGCAUCAACAGCAAGUUUACAAGGAUAUGGUCAACCACGUGGUUUAUCUCAGCGGUCAGAUGAUUUAUUUCACAGUCUUCAUGGAAAUUGCUCACUCGAAGAUGAAUUAGAAAAUUCUGCUUCAUCAAGGGCAAACUCUUGUAAUGAUAAGAAAAUGUCGGAUUCCAUGAAUGGAAAGCACAUGACGACGAUCAUACACAAGAAAUCAUCAAAUAUUAGUUCACUAGAAGUUCAGCAAACCAAUGGAAAUGUUCAUAUUCCUCAAGAAGUUAUGGUGGAGAAUGAUUUCAAGCAAAACAUGCGCAUAAAUCGUUCACGGGAGGAAAUGAGACAAUCUAACAACACGGUAACUGACAAAAUACCCUCAUGUUCACAUCUUAGGUCGAUUGCGCAAAUUCAGUUUGAUUAUUUGAGGUAUCUUGAAGCAUUGGUUCGUUUUCAACAUCGUACCAUUCUCGAAGCUGUUGAUAUCAUCAGUAAAACUGCAACAGAAGAACAAAGUUUUCUUGUUACUGAUUUUUUUACAAAACUUGUUGAGAGUAAUUGGCACACGGAAAGAAUUUUCCAUGAAGCGUUUUUCACGCGACAAGAAAAGCAACGAGCCCAGUAUGAUCGUCAUGCUUCCUUUAAAACGUGUACAAGUGAAUCAUUCAAUGGAUGUCUACCUGAAGACAUGAGAAAAAGGCUGCGAUUAAUGCAGGAUGCCGUUAAUAAAGAAAGAGACGAAGUUCUUAACGUUGUCUUGUCUUGUGAUGAAUCUCGUCAUGGCAAAGAUCGCAAAGAUUGGGAAAUGUUAAAACAACAAAUGAGGGCAGAACAAUGGGAGAAACACACUAAACAAAAUAACAAUUUAGCAUUUUUGAAUUUCCCGCCUUAUAAUGAUAAGGAUCUAUGGAAGAAGAUGAAAGAUUUAAGUGAUGGACCUCGAACAUACGAACACUUUCAUAAUGAUGAUCAAGGGCCGACUUUGAAUGAUCAUAUUCAAUCUUUAUCUGGCUCUGUAACCCAAAUGAGUAAUGGUAGCUGCAAAAAUCAGCAACCACUACAACAAAAACUACUUCAGCAACAACAACAAAAACUACAACAACAACAACAACCCCUACAAAAACGGCAGCAACUACAGCAACAACAACAACAACUACAACAGCAACAACAACAACAGCUACAACAACUACAACGGCAACAACAACUACAACGGCAACAACAAAAACAGCAGCAACAACAACUACAACGUCAACAACAGCAGCAACCCCAACAAAAACAGCAGCAACAACAACAAGAACACCAACUGCAACAGGAACAUUUUGAACAAAAACAACAACAUGAAAAUGUUGAAAAGAACAUGGUAGAUAAAUUAUUGCAGAUAGAAGACGUUCAACAGAAAGCAUUAUUUUUGCAACACAUUGUUCAAGAAUUGGAAAGUCAAAAAGGAACGAAGGAUUCGUUAAAUUCUCUAUCUGACGUUCAGAAGGCGGGUAAAGAAAGUCAAACAUCAAAUACUUAUCGUGAGAAAAAAUUGGCUCAAACAUUUCAGAUGAAUUUAAAUCAUGUUUUGUCCAACUCCCCCAUGUCUUUUCAUUCAUCUGCCGAACAGUUAUUGUCCUGUGUUGCAAGCAUUGCUCCAUUGAAAGAAACUAAUAUUGAAACUGAUCAAGGUUUAACAACAGCUUCUACGAUGAGAUUAAAUGAGAAAACCACCUUAAGCCAGGUAACCAAGCGAAAAAAUGAGCGAAUGACGUCACUUGCUGUAAAACGUUCACGUAAAAAGAACGUCAACAAAAAAAACUUACAUCCAGAGAUAAGCUUGAAGACGAAUACCAACAUGACUGCGACUUGUGAUACGAAAAAUGUGGAACAGAACAGACUGAAGAUGCUGGCAUGGGCUAGUUCUACGUUACGAAAUGAUUAUUCAACACAAACAUCUCAAACACCUGUAUUUACAAAUGUUAUAAAAUUUAGUCCACCAAAAAAUCCAAAUGAAAAUCGUCGACAAUCGGUCGAUUCUGACGGACAAUCUUCUGUUGAUUGCACAAAUUCCCUUACAAACAAACAACAUUCUGUGAAAACGGUUCAAGAUUCAAGUUUUUUCACUGGGGUAUCUACUUCAACUGUUUCUCCUAAAUUUUCGAUGGUGUCUAUUGGUACGUUCUCACCUCAUGCUCAAAAGAUAGAGAAAAAUGCACCACUUGAACAAAGUUCGUCUUUUUCUGGAAAAGUUGAGGAUAAAUUUGACGAACCGCUGCGUCAGAUGGACAAAGUUGACUUGGUGAAGGGUGUAAAUUGCUCACAACAACGCUUCACUACAACCAAAAUCUCAAAGAAAAGCAAUGGCAACAUAACGAAAAAUUUCCAGUUGUCUAAAAAAAAUCCUUUAACUCUUUUGUGUCUCUUGACUGAAAAAAAACGUGAGAACGAGAGUAAAAAACGUGAGAACGAGAGUAAAAAACGUGAGAACGAGAGUAAAAAACGUGAGAACGAGAGUAAAAAACAGGACUCGGAUUGGAUGGAAACCGAUGUUACAUCAAACUUUCGUAAAAAUAAGAAUACCGAAGUUGCCGAGGAUAGUAGUAGCAAAGCUCUUGAAUCGAAAAAGGCCGAUCAAAUCAAACAAAAAGUGGGUAGUGGAUUAAGAGAUUCUGCAGUGAGAAAUGAAAAUGUCCUGUCUGCAUGUUUGCAGAAUGUUCAUUUGCCACAAAGUAGUGAACAACAAUUGAAGAAUUGUGAAAUCUCCUCAACUGAAGAACAUUUAACAGCAACAAAAACAACAAAGGCGAAGCAGUCUUCAGGAACAAGAAAAAAAAUAUCCAGGAAUAAGGAAAACAAUAAAACUGUUUGUUCAUCAGAAAAUAAAGAUAAAGAUAAUGAAAGCGAAUCAAAGCAAAAGAACUUGGUAUCAAGAAAAGAUAUCUGGGAUACAGCUCAUAGUAAGAACGGAAUAUCUUCUAUUGUUACUGAUAAUAAAACAUCAAAAAUUAUGGAGAAGAGAGAAAACAGUGUUGCAAACGAUAUGAUUGGGAAAAAUAUUGAUUUUACCGCAAAAUUCUGUCUUUGGGAUUUCGAUAGAAAUUCUGUCAUCAAUAACGUCUUAGCAGCGAAGAAGGAAACCGAAAUGAUUUUGUGGAACACUCAAAAUGGUCGUAUUUUAGAUGGAGAUGAUUCAGAAAACCUGGAAUCACCGUCUAAGAAUUUGAAUAAGAACUGUGUUAAUAAGUUGAAUGAUAAAAAUUUAGAAACGAGUAUUGUAGACAAUAUAAACGGUCGUGCAAUGAUAGCAGCAUCUGUAGAUGAUUCACAUACGUUAACUGCUGAAGAAAGAUUAAUGUCAACAUCGUUGAAUUAUGGAAAACAGUGUGAAAUGGAUGUCAAGGAACUGCAUCAUAAGUUCAACGACGACUUAGGGAAAGAGAAUAUACGGUUAAAAAGACAAGAUGGUAAAGGGAUUUCGGAAGAAGAAUGUUUUGUCCGUCGUCAGGAGUUCGACAGCAAUAAAAUAAUCAAAGAUUGUGUAAAUUCAAGAAAGCGAAAACGAUUUCAAAAUGCAUCUGAAACAAGCAAAACUGAUUUGGAGAAAGAUGGAGAUGAUUACCUAUCCAUAUCAACAGAUGAUGCGGAGAAAGACCAACAUCCCGAGAAGAAACUGUGUAAAAAAAAUUCAGAAGAGAACAAAACGACGAAAUGUCGUAAAAAAAAAGAAAAAACGUCAAAGGAAAGCAAUGAUGGCGAUACGUUGACUGCCAAAAUGGACACUUCGGACGAGAAGACUGGGAACAAGGAAUCAGUAAAUGAAGCGAAGAGAAUUGCUAAAGAAAAAAAAUGUCGAGAAAAAGUGAAAGAAGAAUGGGUUUAUUUUCUUCAGCGUGGCGGUUGUAAAGCAUUUCCAAGUUUACCUCAAUGUCGCGAAUGUAACAAUUUUGAACACCAUGACGAGACCAUCUGUUGUCGCUUUGAUUUAUUUCGACAAUGUCGUUCAAAGUCCAAUAAGUUUGAAACGGCUGGUUUUUUAACAUCUGAACACGCACAAACUGAAGAUUUCGUUCCGUGGAUUGCAGGCAAUGAAGUCAAUACACUACUGUCAUUUGAAGUAUCCAAGUAUAUUUUGGCAAAUGUUGGCGACGAGUUUUGUAAUCUUGUACAACAAGAAGAAAAAGCUUUUUUUUUACAGAAGUCAAAAGGAUCCCAAAAAAUCGCGUGGAAACGCGCGGUUCGUGGUACUCGCGAGAUGUGUGACGCUUGUGCAACAACGAUUUUCAACGUUCAUUGGGUCUGUCCUAAAUGCGGCUUUGGCGUAUGUUUAGAUUGUUAUGCAGAAAGAAUGAAUGUGUCAAUAAGUACAGCAGAUAGUGGUCGUUCAAAGAGAUUUUUAUGGAUGAAGUGCUCAACAAACGUCGGUCAUAGACCUCAACGUUUGCUUCUUGCUCAUAUCAUUCCGAAGAAUACAUUACAUAAAAUUAGCGAACAGCUUCAUGCGGCCCGAGAAUAUUGGGGAAUCGGAGAAACCUGUCCUUGCAAACAUUAUACAAAUACUGCUGAGGUAAAGGAAAUUGCCGAUAAUUCUUCUGUGGAUGAAUGCCUACCGAUUUCUACUCGUUUGGAAGAAAAAACAGAUGGUUUUGUGGACACUGAAAAUGCGAGUGCAACUCCCAAUGUUGUUUGUAAAAAUAAUGACACAUUGAAAAAAUCAAACGUUGAAAAGUUAGAAGAUACUCUGACUGAUGACACACAGAUGGUCGAAACAUCUAAAUUACAUGUUCAUAAAUCACUCAAUCCUCUCGUGAAUGAAACGUCAACUACGUCAGAAAACGAUCUCAUCUCAAGUGGUUCUAAUCAUCUCUCUGAAACAUCCCAAUUUCCUAAUGUUCCCUCUGCAAUAUCUCAAGAUACUGUAGUGUCCCCUGUAGUACCUGAAGAUGGCAAAACACCCGAUGUAAUCUCUCAAAACGAAGAUGAAAAGAUUGAAAAACUAAGUUUCGGUGCUUUAAGCCUUAUCAUGGAUUAUGAUUCACCACCAUCCUCUCCCAAUACGCUACAAAUGAACAUUAUUACUCCAGCUGAAGAAGCGCUUAUCACUCGACCUUCUUCAACUGAGGGACAAUCAUCGGAAAUGGAUAUUCAACAUUCUAAAGCUGCUUUUACAUCUUUGGAAAAUACUUCUGUCUUUAUGAAGGAGUCAAUGGAGCCAUGUUAUCAAUCAUCAAAUAUGGAGUCUUUAGAAACUGUUGAUCUUACCACACGGGUCCAACCAAGAAUUACUGAUGAACUUCCUGCGCCUCAUUCAUGGAUAUGUCAGCGUCCAAUGCUAAGACUUCAUGUUCCAGAUCACGAAGGAAAUCUUAAAGCUUUUCAAUCGAGAUGGGUGAAGGGAGAGCCAAUUCUAGUCAGUGGUGUUCAUACGAAAAUGGAAAGCCAUCUGUGGACACCUGAAGGAUUUGAACUGGAGUUUGGUUCGGAAAAAGCUGAUGUUGUCAAUUGUAAAACUGGUGGAACCAUUGAAAAAAUGGAAAUAGGAACAUUUUGGAAGGGAUUUGAAAGUGUCAAAGAUCGUCCUCUUGAUCAAAAAGGACAACCAACACUUUUAAAGUUAAAGGAUUGGCCUCCUGAAGCAGACUUUGUUGAAAAAAUGCCGCGAAGAUUUAAUGAUUUAAUGAAUGCAUUACCUCUACAAGAGUACACUAGUAGAGAAGGUACACGGAAUUUGGUUUCAAGAUUACCGGACUUCUUUGCAAAACCAGAUUUGGGACCCAAAAUGUAUAACGCUUAUGGCAACGCUGCAUUUCCUAGUGCUGGAACAACAAAUCUUCAUAUUGAUAUGUCAGAUGCCGUUAAUGUCAUGGUUUAUGUUGGUGUACCCCAUGAAAAGGUCUAUGGAGAACAGGAAAGAAAAGAUUCCAUGACUUGCUUGGACAAGGCAUGUGAUGAAACACAGCAGUAUCGAGCUCAUAAGGAAACAGAAGCAUUGGGUGCGCUAUGGCAUAUCUUUGCUGCCGCCGACGCUAACAAGAUUCGAGACUUUUUUCACAAAGUGUGUCGUGAAAAGAAUAUGAAAUAUCCAGCAAGUCAUGAUCCAAUACACGACCAGUGUUUUUAUCUGGAUGCCCUUCUUAAGAGAUUGAAGGAUGAAUAUGGUGUUGUGGGUUGGCCUAUUGCACAAUUUCUUGGUGACGCUAUAUUUAUUCCUGCUGGAGCUCCACAUCAGGUUCGAAACUUGCAUAGUUGUGUAAAAGCAGCUGAAGAUUUUGUGUCACCUGAACAUGUUGGCCAUUGUUUCAAGCUUACAGAGGAAUUUCGUCAUCUCUCUGAUAAACACACCAAUCAUGAGGACAAACUCCAAGUAAAGAAUAUAAUUUAUCAUGCAGUCAAAGAUGCUGUGAGUGUAUUACGUUAUCAUGAGCUGUCGUUCAAAGACAUGAAAACAACUCAAUCGAAGUAAUUUUAAAAGUUUUUUUGGUUUGUAUUUAUUAAAAUCGAUAUAACAUAAGUUUGAAUAGAUUUUUUGUAUAAAUUUCAACACUGCAUAUAAGUAGUCAAAAUAUAUCUUAUUAUUUAUUACUCAUGGAA